AUGGCGACGCACGGAGCGCAAGGGGAGGCGUCUGAAGAACAAGGGCGUCGCACUAGCAUACGGCCACGUAAGACCGUUGACUACGUCCAAGCGGCCCACGGCUACACGAAAGACGACGAGGGCGACGAAGACUAUGUCGAGGAGGAGGUGAUUCCGGACGAAAAGGAAGAAAUCAGCGUGGAGGAAGUGGAGAAGGACGACGAGGAGGUGAAGGGCACGGAGGUGGACGACGACGACGAGGGUACGGAGAACUCGGAGGUGGACGACGACGAGGAGGGUACGGAGAAGAACUUGGUGGAGGAGGACGGCGAGGAGGCGAAGAACUUGGUGGAGGAGGACGGCGAGGAGGCGAAGAACUCGGAGGAGGAGGACGACGAGGACGCGAACGAAGUGGUGGCGAAGGACACGGAGGAGGAGAGCGUGGAGGACGAGAAGGAGGUGGAGGACGUGGAGGACGACGAGGAGGCGAAGGCCAUGGGGGCGUGGAGAACGACGAGUGUCGUGUAG